AUGCACCAAAAACACUAUCCGGCCCUCGAGGCUUACUUCUUCAGCGCGCCGACCCCUGAGGAGCUCGCAAACAAGAUCUGGCCCAAGGAGCCCACAAUUGGCACCGAAGAAGCGCUGGGCGAGGUCAUAGCAGGCGUCAUCAACAAGGUGAGUCGACGCCUGGCCUACUCGAUGGUGUGUGAAUAAUUCCUUCGAGAGCUGACUCGCCUUUCCAUUGCCGUUUUUCUCACUGCUGGGACUGUAGACUGGAGACCGGCGAUUGGUCGCCUGCAGCAACUCGCCCCAUUACAUCGGCGUCGCACCUGACCGCGUAAAGACGACCGAGAAGACGGCCGACGUCGUGCUCUUGACCCACGCUGCGGUCGCGCACGACCCAACCCUCCCCGAAUGUAUGGGCCCUUCCCAGUUACGCCGAUGCGGAUCCCGACAUCAACAUGAGCUUGUACGCGAGCGAGAACGGCAAGGGCGAGCACGAGAACGAUGAGACCGAGGCCAAGGACGCCGAGGACGACGAAUACGACAAGUACGACAAGUACGACGAGGACGACGACGCGGACGAGGCCGAGGCCAAGGUGGAUUUGAACCGGGCCAAACGCUCCUUUACGCACGUGGCUACCGUCGGCGAGACCAAAGCUGACAACUCCAGGGCCGAGGACCAGUUGUUCAGACGGUUGUCGGCACUCCUCGCGACGCCGAUUCGAGAAUAUGCGAUCGGGUUCACCCUGCGCGGCGACCGUCUCAAAGUCUACGUCAUGACUGCCUGCGGCGUGAUCGUCACCAACCCAAGACCGGUCAACAAAGAAAACGGAGAGCUGUCGACCUUUUUGUACCGUCUCAUCAAACACAGUGAUCGGCUGAACGGCGUUCUCGCCACCACGACCUCGCUCGACGACCGCUACGGCCUGUUCACGCUCUGCCCCGACUUCUUCCCGCCGGCGGCCUCAGAGUUCAUCUGGGGAGCAACGACGAUGUCCAACGUCAAGAUCGAGAAGCUUAUUUUUCGUCGACACAGAGAGUGCGGUCGCGCGACGUCGACAUACGAGAUCACCGUUGGUGAGGGCGUCAACGUCAAGACCCACGCGAUGACCAUCACCUGGGUCGACGAGUCGCGCAACUCGGACUUGGCCGAGAUCCGCAACUUGAUCCAAGAAAAGAGACCUCGAGGGCUCGCUGCGCUGGUCGGCGUCUUUCGCGCCGAGUACAGGACCCUCCCCGGGUUCCUACCCGGCGACGAAUCCCUCGACGGUAUCACCGCGCGGGCCAAGGAGGUCGUCGUUCACGAAGAGUGCUACAAUUCAUUCGCCACGCUCAAGAACACCAAGCAGCUCGCGCGCACUCUGGAGGGUGCGAUUGAGGGUGAGUGCUCAUGAUCAGGGAAGAGCGGGACAGCGCGCGGAGGGGUGUGCCUACACUGACGGCCCUUUGCCGCGCGUGACAGGACACCGGCAGCUCUGGGACCAUGGCUUCAUCCACCGGGACGUGUCGUAUGGCAACGUAAUGGUCGACCGGCACGGCGAUGGAGUCUUGAUCGACUACAAUCUGGCGGUGAAGAAGGCUCGAACGGUUGAAGAAGAGUGUCGCCUCAGCCGCUCGGUACGUUCUCGCGUCCGUGCUAGCCCUCGACGCCUUCUUGGUACCUAACCCCUUCCCACCCUUCCCCUGUACCAUCAUCAAUGACAGGGCACGCUACCCUAUAUCUCCCGACUCUUGCUGAGCCCCGCAACCGAGGGUGUGGUGCACGAGCGCUGGCACGAUAUCGAAUCGUUUUUUUAUGUGGCGUCCCUCACGGCUUUUCAAUCUGGCUCUGCCGACGCGCCCCUUUUGGAGAAGUCGAACGCCGCGCGUAUCCGGAACAUGUGGAAUGCCGAGGAUUGCUACAAUGCAGCAGGCCACAAAGACGGGCUGAUAUCGAGAUUCGGCUUCAAGAAGCUCCUGGACGCAUGCGCGUCCCGUUGGGAUGGCGUGGGAGAUCUUCUGACGCUCCUCAAGAACAACUGUUCGAUUGCCGCAGCUUAUUCUGACCUCGACGGAGAAGAGUUUGAGGCCAAACUUUGUGACCUCUGGGAUACGGAUGUGAUGUCGUACGAAAUCAUCCAGACACGCCUUAGAGCCUUUGCUGAAGCAGCCUGA